GUCAUAGCAGCACAGGAAACUAAAAAAAUAGUGAGGAAAACACAUAGUACUCUCAAUGGCAGGAUUGACAAGACAUUUCACAAUUCCAUUUUAAGGAAAAAAUACAUCAGUUCACGCUUAAUCAGAGUGAGCCCAGAUGCUGAUGGAGUGAUGGCAGAGGCUCUGCUCACGUUCUGGUUCUCCGCCACGGACUCUAGAGAAGCAUUGCGGGAAAGAAUUGAAAGGAUCUUACGGAGAGGCCUGAAAAAAUACACUGGGCCCCUGCGAAUAAAUGUCAGAUCUUCCACCAUCUCAAAUAUGGAUGCGAAAAGAGCAGAAGCCCUCUUCAAUGACAUCUGUGGGUUACGGCAGAAUAGAACAGUCAAGUCAAUGGCAAAAUCGUCAUCGUUGCGAAUAGUUGGCGGAUUGUCUUCUGCAGAGACCGGGGACUGGCCGUGGCAAGCCAGCUUGCAGUACAAUAAUAUCCAUCGCUGUGGUGCAACACUCAUCAGCAAUACGUGGCUUGUAUCUGCAGCUCACUGCUUUAGAGACAUGAGUCACCCUGAGAAGUGGACUGCUACUUUUGGAGCUCACUUGAAACCACCAAGCUUGAAGCGAUCAGUCAAGACCAUUAUUAUUCACGAAAAGUACCACUACCCAAUACAUGAUUAUGACAUUGCACUCGUGCAGCUCUCUAAACAAGUUGAGUUUACGAGCAGCAUACACCGUGUUUGUCUGCCUGAGCCAUCUCAGACUUUUCCAUACAAUAUUUUUGCUGUCAUCACAGGCUGGGGAGCACUUACUAAUGACGGUCCAACACCAAAUACUCUUCAGGAAGCAACAGUGAAACUUAUUGACUCAGACACUUGCAACAGAGAAGAAGUGUACGAUGGGGACAUAACACCCAGGAUGCUGUGUGCUGGAUACUUGGAAGGAGGAGUAGAUGCUUGUCAGGGGGACUCUGGGGGACCGUUGGUUACUCCAGACUCUAGACUGAUGUGGUACCUUGUGGGAAUAGUGAGCUGGGGAGACGAAUGUGGCAAACCAAAUAAACCUGGAGUUUACACACGAGUGACUUAUUUCCGUGACUGGAUUACCUCAAAAACUGACAUCUGA